AUGAGAUCAAUAAAUAAUUCAAUUGAUACUCCCUCUAUAAAAGUUAAAUUUAAUCAAAAUGAGAAAGUAGAUGAAAUGAAAACAACAAAAACCAUAAAAAAAAAACAUGUUCAACCUUAAUUAAAUAUAAUUUGGGAAUUUUAUAUGUAUAUGAUUAUGGCUAUCUUGGUUGAAAUUAUUGUAUUAAUUUUUAACAAUUAGACUACAAUUCUCAACUUUAUCAGAAUUAUUGUAUUUAUUCUUAUUUUAAUGCUAUCCCUCAUAUACAUAAAGAAAAUACAGUAAAAUUUAUUAUUAUGCUUGAUAUGUUUGAUAAAAAUAUUUUAGAUUUCAACCAUUUGUUUAAAUGAUGACAUUAAUCUAUUUGCUAUUUUACCAUUUGCAUAUGAUUAAAUUGAUAAUAACAAUAAAGUUGCAAUUAAAUUAAAGGUGAUUGAGAAAAUAUUAAUAAAAGUAAUAGGUGUAAGUUUAAUUUGUAUUUUUUCUAAAUUGCCUUUAGCAAUAACAAUAAAUUCAUGUUUAAUAAUUUUAGAAAUUUUUAGAAAUCGUUUCGUUUUUAAGAAAAAAGAAUAGAAAUAAUCAUUAAUUAGUUAUAAAUUACCUAUUGAUUAUGAAUAAGUAGUCCAAAGUGUAAAUUUAAGAGGAGAAAAUAGUUAAAGGGAAGAUGUUUGGAAGAAAAGAUUUUAUGCGAUUCCGUUAUCAAUUUUAAUGAUAUCUAAAGAAACUUUAUAAAUUACAUAUAAAAAUUAGACUUUAUUUAAAUAAUUUUGUGAUAGUUUUAUCAAUGAAGAAGAAUUAGAGGAUUUAAUAUUAAAUAAACUACAUUUUUCCCUAUUAUCAGAUCACUAAGAAUUUUUAUAAUUGUCUUCUACAAACAUUAUUAAAUUAAAAUAAAAAAAAUCAAAUUCAUCAAAUGUAUUAAAUUAGAAAUCCUGCAUAACGUAAUUGAGUUCAUAUGAUUUAAUGCAAAAAAGAACUUUGAUAGAAAUCUUGAAUUCAAUAAAAAGCGAAACAUAUAAUUUAUAAAAAGACGUUAUUGAGCUAUUUUGUCAAUAAACAGAAAAAUCAGGAGCCAAAUACUAAUUAGAGGCUAAAAUUAUUUUAGCUGAUAAAGAUGAUGAAUUUUUCGUAACAAUAAAUGACACAACAAAAUAAAAUGAAAUUUAAUAAUUUAUUGUUAAAGAGGAAUUUAAAAGCAAAGUAAAUAAUUAUAAAUAUUUGAGAUAAUAGAAUCAUUUUCACAUGAAUUAAGAACACCAUUAAACAGUGCAAUUAAUUUUUUAGAGGCUUCUAUUACUGAUAGUUCAAUUGAAGAUAAAUUGAAAUUGCAAACUCUUGAGCCAGCAGUGAAUUCUUUAAAACUAUAAUCAUACUUAAUAAAUGACAUCAUAGACUAUUAAAAUUAUAAUGCAAAUUAAUUAGAACUCUAUGUUACUGAAUUUUCUGUUUAGGAUUUCUUAAGUGAAUUGACAUCUUUAUUUAGUAUUUAAUUUGAUAUGAAGAAAAUAGCUUUUAAUUUAGAUUUAAAAAAAAAUUAUUUAUAGUAUUUUAGUACAGAUCAGACUAGACUUACUUAAAUAUUAGUAAAUCUUUUGUAGAAUUCACUUAAGUACACUUCUAGUGGAGUUAUAUAAUUAAAAUUUAGCAGUAUGUCUAAUGAUGUUUUGAAAAUAGUGAUUUAGGAUUCAGGAAUAGGAAUAGCUCCAAAUGUGUUAGAAUAAGUUAGAGUUACUCUUAAAAAUGUAGAAGAAAGUAAAGACUUUUAAACUUUUAAAGCAUGGAAAGGUUUUGGUUUGUUGAUUGUAGCAUUAUUGCAUUAAAGUUUAUGUCCAUCAAAUUAAAAAUCAAUUUAGAUUGAAUCAACAGGAUUUAAUAAAGGAACUAAGAUAAAAUUCUAUAUUUUAAAUUUUAAUCAUAGUUCUAAAUAAAAUACAAUAAAAUAAUCAUUGAGUGCUAAAAAUACGCUUAGAUAAUCUUAAAGUGUUAAGAAAUCUUUAAAAUCUAAUUCUCUUAGUUAAAUAUUACCAAUGAAUGGAACAAUUUAUUUAGCAUAAGAUAUUACUUAAGUAAAUUAACAUAUGAAAAAAAGUGAAAGAUUUCUGAAUUCGGCUUUUAACACUUUGGAUGAUUUUUCAGAAUUGUCAAAAAGUCCUAAAAUUUAAUUUAGUUCACCUGAUGCUAAUAUAUCUUAAUUAGUUUAAAUUUAACCUAUUUUAAUUACAGAUAUAAAAUCAAGUUAAAAAAUAGCAAUAACAAAUAAAAAUCCAUUAUUUUAAUCAUAUAAAUCACAAAAAUCGUAAUUAGUAAAUUUGAAUUAAUUUAGAAAGAUGGAAACUUAAUAUAGAGAAGAUAUAUUUAAGACUUUGGCAACUAAAAAAAAUAAAUGUAAUUGUAAUAAUAUUUUAUCUGUUGAUGAUGAAAUAUUUAAUUAAAAAUCAGUUGAAAGACUUUUAUAAUAAAUAGGAUUUGAUGUUAAAUUAGCAUAUAAUGGUGAAGAUGCAAUUAAUUUAAUAUUAAAUUUAAAACCAUGUAGUUUAGGUUGUAAUAUAUUAACUAUAAUAUUAAUGGAUUAUUAGAUGCCAAGAAAAGAUGGAAUAGCAACAACAAAAGAAUUGAAAAAACUAAUGUCAGAAUCUAUAAUCCCUGAAAUUCCCAUUAUUGGUUUGACUGCUUUUACAGGCCAGUAAGAUAUUAAAAAUUGUUUAAUAGCAGGUAUGAGCGAUGUUUUAUCUAAACCUCUAAAAAUUUAAGAGUUAAAAGAUGUAUUAGCAUCACUAUGA